AUGGUGCUAAAAACUUUAUUUAUUAUUGAGCUGACCGAUACAGAAGAAGGCGGACUUGAACUUGUUGAUCCAUCAUGGUCUGCUGAACAUGAGCAACAAGAGACUGAGACUACAACAUCGGAAAUUGAAAUGCAUCUCAGCGAUAUGCGUUCGGAAUUCAGCGAAUAUUCUGGCUCAAGGAAGAGCCUACUUUUUGGUAGCGACUGUUUUGUGUGGUUCUUCAAUCGAUUAUCGAUUGAUUCACCUUAUAGCUCCGAGCUGAUAUUUACCAAUGCGAGUUAA